AUGGACAAUGAAGAGUCAUCAUCCUAUCAAUAUGAGAAUUCGGAAGAGUUCAAAGAUGAAAGCACAGGAAAUGAAGUGGACACACAAAGGGAGAGUAGUCAGCAGGACAUUCCUGAAAGUUCACACGCUCAAGCAAAGAAAAGAAAAAGAGAAAAGGAUAACUCAGCCCUGCAAAAGAAGCAAAAGUCAGCAAAGACUCCCUCUACCACUAGUGGUCCUUCUGGGGGAGAAGUGAACAUAUUUGUAGACAUGAAUACGACUUUGAAAGGGAAGAACAUCUUACUAGAAGAUGGAGGAGUUAUUCAUAAUACACAAGAUAGGAGGAGUGUCAAUGAAUCUAAUGAUACCAAUCAGCAAGAAGAACAAGAAGUUAAUUCACCACCUCAUGAUGAGGAACCUAUCUAUGAUCAGCAAAUCAAUGCAAAUGAAGAAGUACAAGAUAUGAAUGAUGAUAAUCAGGAUCAAGAGCCUCAUGAAGACACAUUCAUGGCCCACAAAGGCAAUCAGCAGCAAUCUGAUCUAGAAGAAGUGGAUGACCAAGCACUCGAAUGGUUGAGAGAAAGAAUGAAGAAGAAACCGGUAACGAUAGUAGAUGAAGUUAGAGAUUUGGAUACUUUGCUGGCUAGAGUAGAAUAG